CCCCAAAGGCCGUUGAGGCCUGCUUCCUCAUGGCCGCCUCAGAGCCCCCCGACCACCAGCCGCAGGGCAAGAUGGAAGAUGAUAUUCGAAAACGGACAAUACAGAUAACAGGAUUUAAGGACACCGAAAAGAAGGCCCUAAUUGAAAUGAUUUUAAAACUAGACUGCACUUUUGACGCUAGUAAGAUUUAUAGAAAUUGCACACAUCUUAUAGCAAAACAGCCAUCUAAAAGUGAAAAAUUUUUAGCAGCUUGUGCAGCAGGAAAAUGGGUACUAACUAAAGACUACAUAAUUAAUAGCGCCAAAAGUGGCAGAUGGCUUGAUGAAACAACUUACGAAUGGGGUUAUAAAAUCAAAAAAGACUCCCAUUAUUCACCUCAAAUACAAUCUGCACCUAAAAGAUGGCGCGAAGAACUGAUACGCACUGGUGCUCCGGGGGCCUUCCACAGAUGGAAAGUUGUCGUCCUUGUUAAAAAAUAUGGUCAACAAAAUAGUGCUUAUGCAAGAGUUCUAAAGGCUGGCAAAGCAACUAUUUGUGUACCUAAGAAUUCAGCUGAUGAAGUGACACAUGUGCUCUUCUGCAAUGACAAAUUAUCCGAGAAAGAAAGAAGUAUCUUUAAGGCUCCCUGUUACCCGAUACGUUACAUGGGGGAUUAUCUUUUUGAGAAGGAAAUUCAGAAUAACGAUGAAGCUAUGCAAGUGAACUCACUUUUAAAUGAAUACCAACCAGAUACUGGUAUUGACAGGCAACUUACUCAAAUAAAAGAUGCAUUAAAAAGGCACAUUUGUGAAGCUCAGGCUGUCAGAUGUAACUUUGGUGCAGAUAAAAUAACAGAACCACACAGAGAGGUUAAAAAUGUUGAAUUUUCCAGAGGUGAAUUAAAUAUAAUUGAAAAUCUCAUAGAUGGACAAUUCUUUUCGGAAGCAAUUGAGGAACUUGUCUCUCUGCCAUCACAUUUUGUCCCUCCUGUAUGCCUCCUCCGUUCUCUGAUACGGAACAUGCUUCAGAAUAAUGUAGACACAUCUUAUGUUCGCUAUUUUCAUGUUUUGUCAACUCUACUUCAUCUUCAUCCUCCAUGGAAGUCCACUUCUAUGUUGAGAUAUUAUUUGGAAUUUUUUCAAUGUCCAGUGUGUAUGGAAGGAACAUGGUCCCUGAUAGAAGCCCUUGUCAGGUCUUGCCUUUUCAAUGAAGUAUUUUGUCAUUCAGUUCCAGAAAGUGUCAUUGAGGCCAAGGUGCUUCGCAAAAUACUGCUGAAGUUUUUGUUUCAUUUAGUGAAGGGUGAAGUGCAAGCUUUGAGUAAAAAGUUGGGUGAACAGGCAGAUUCUUGGAACCUCAAAGUCAAACCUCAGUCUAUUCUUCUUGAAACCUUUUGGUUUGGGAAUGAAACCUCAGUGCUUUUAACCAAACCAAUCAGCAAGCUUUUGGACUGGGUCGUUCGUUCUCAUAAAGAAAAUUACAGAAAGAAUGAUGUCUUCAAGCUGGAGGUAUCCUACCUAUUAACAGGAAUUCUUGGAGCAGCGGUAGAUUAUUGGAUUUUCCUGGGGCUCAGGAUGGAUAGAAAUGUGGUGCGUCACGUCACUCAAGACCUGGGAGAUUACGUUGCCCUAUCUUGUGAUGAGUUCUCAUCACAGGAGCUAGAGACUUUCAUUUGUUCCCUGCCCUCUUCCUGGCUGCAGAUGUGUGUUGCAGAAGCUGUCUUUAAAAAGGCAUGUGUACCGAAAGACGUCAUUAUUUCUCCAGAGCCCAUUUCUCUUCAAAAAAUGGUUUGUUCCUAUUUGCCCGUGAUAGGAAGGGCAGGGAUGGAGGCAUCCGCAAAAAGGCCAAAACAGGAGAAGAAAAUAGGGCGGGGACCUGUCCCUGAGUCUCAGAGGGCUUUAGUGAUGCUAAAUGGUGCCAAGCAGAACCAAGCUGGAAUACUGCUUGAUCCACUUGAACUGAACCAUGGUAAAUAUUCUGUGCCACUGAAGAGGUUGAAAAGGAAAUCAGAAGGCGAGCUGUCCCAUUCCAAAGAUAAUCAGCCUUCUUUCGCUGCAAAGAUGCAUUUUAAGAAGUCUAAUUUAAAAGGAGAGACAGCCCUUCAUAGAGCUUGCAUAAACAACAAAGUUGAGCAAUUGAUUCUGCUUCUUUCUUUGCCCGGGACAGACAUUAACGUGAAAGACUAUGCUGGCUGGACGCCUUUGCAUGAAGCCUGUAACCAUGGCAGCACAGUGUGUGUCCGGGAAAUUUUGCAACGUUGUCCAGAGGUGGAUCUGCUCACUCAAGUGGACGGGGUGACUCCUUUGCAUGAUGCGCUGUCAAACGGACACGUAGAAAUUGGCAAGCUGCUUCUCCAGCACGGGGGCCUGGUGCUUUUACAGCAGAGGGACCAGAAGGGAAAGUGGCCCCUGGAUUGUGUGAGAUCUCCACAAGUCAAAGAAGAACUCUUUGCUAUUGUACAAACAGAAGACACCAUUGAGGACUUUACUGCCAAAAUGGAAAAUCAAAUCCACCUCCAGCAAACCGAAUUUGGCUCCUUUCUUCUUUGGUCCAUGAAGCAACAGUAAAAUAGCCUUGCAAACAUGGCAUAAAAUACAUUUUCGGCUUGAAAUGAUACUGCAAAGAACCUACUCUCAUCUGUGCCUCAGCAGCCCGACGAGUGGAACAGAUUCUCCUUAGCUUUUUGUUUCUACCUUCAGAAGCUGUGGGACCAAUUAAUGUUAACUUAAUCUUUAAACCUGCAAAAUAAGAAUGUACAAAGAAGCUGAUAAAGUAGUCAACUUAAUCUAACUGAUACAGGACAAAGGCUAUUACUAGGUGCGGCCAAUAUCCUGUAAAUGUAAACGAGAAAUGCUGCUAUAACAAUAGUUUUAUAGGAUUAUAAAGUGGCAACUGCUAGAUUUGUGGUGAUCUAAAGUCUUAAUAGUCAACAUGAAUUUAUGAAGUAGAAAUAUUCCAAUUCGCAGUGCUGCCUUAAUAGCAAUUGAUAAAAAAGGAUAUGUAGAAUAACAACUGCUUAUGGAAUUGGAGUUGCUUCACUAGUGGGAAUAAGUUGCAUUUUGAUACAGCUGGCAGAGAGACAUUAAAGCUUUCAUUUAGCUUUCCUGUCGCUGUGAUGUAUGAUCUCACGGCAAUUAAUCUGUUGAAGAAGCACUCUUAUAGUUUGUCUUGGAACCAGUUCUUUACCGCUACGAGCAUUCAAUAGAUUGUACUAGUGGAUCAUUUCUGGAUAGUCAUGGGGAACUGUUAUGCCCAACUGAAAGGAAAUACUAAUUGGUUCUUGCUGCCUAGCCUGAAAACUCAGCACAAUGCAGCACCCUUUUGUUAAGUGUUCAUUUAAGUAUGGGGGAACUGUAAAAUACUCCGAGGGUAAGUACUCCACCAACUUGCCUUUUCCUGGCUCCUUCUGAGUCUAUGCAAGCACUUUUGUUCGAGCAGAGUAAACCCUCUUCUCAGCUCACGUGGCAUUUGGCCUAAUGCCUCUUUCUAGGACUAAUUAAAACCAACUAUACGACAGUGCUUCUGCAUCAGGCGAAAUGAAACAGAGCAGGAGAGCAAAGCUAGCCAUGCUGGAAGCCACUGACUUUGACUCCAUAAAGAAACCCACAGCAUUCAACAUAACUGAAAUCUAUUUCACGGCUAAGUGAAAAACAAAUGCGUUUAUAUGUACUUUUUUUUAAUUUGCAACUGACACUGAAUGUCUCCUCCUCAGGUUUAAGAUGGGGAAUAAAUGCCUUGAAUAAUAACACCUUUUCUCAUCUAUAAUUAGCAUCUUUUAUCAUGAAAAUUAACAAACAUUAAUCUAAAACCCACCACCUGCAGGUCCCGCCACUGACACUGCUAAAAUUGGAAAGCUGUGGUCUGUGGCCAUGGAUGGUUCAUCGUUUAACAGUAUUGCAACCCUACAAAAUUCCAAAUUUGACCAUAAUCUGUGGGUGAAGCAGCCUAAACGAAUAUAAUUCCAGGAGAUUAACUCACAUGUUGACUGAGGUAAGGAUGGUGGUUCUACAGUCCACUGGUUCCUCCAACCAGACUCUGCCUGGGCUCAGAUUAACAGACUUCAGCCAACCUGAAACACUUCUGACCAAAAACACUUCGGUUAAUCCCCUUUUCAUUUCAAUGAAUUUUUUCACAGUUCCCAUUCUGCAUUUUUUAAAAACCUUAAAGAAACAAGCUUUGGUGUGUGACCCAUGCCAGAGGAUUCAGCAGUCAAGGAGACAGUCAAAAUGGAUAAUUCAGGUGGUAUUUUUUUUUAUCUAGGUUACCCAAAUGAACAGGAUAAUUGUUCAGUCUUCCACUUCACUCGUGAUGGGUGGUCCCAGCAAAUGAGUCCAAAGUUACAAAGAGGAUCCUGGGCAACUCACUUAAUCCCACCUCUGCCACUUGUCAGCUGCGUGACUUUGGGCAAGUCA